GAGUUUGAACGGGCGGCGGAGCGACCCCGGCGGCACCGCGAUGGGGGACGCGGAGCUGCGCUGCACCGCCGUCGUGGAGCGGCCGCUGCCGGGGGGCGCGGGCCCUCUGCGCCGCGUGCUGCGGGGCGCGCUGGUGCUGCUGGGCCGCGACGAGCUGCGGCAGCCGGUGCUGCGCGUGGCCGGCGGCGGGGGGGAGGCGACGGCGCUCAGCUUCGCGCUGGGAGGCGACGCCGUGCGGCUUUUCACGCGUUUCGCGGGGGAGGGCCGCGCGGCGGUGCGGGUGGGCCCGGGCGGCGCCCAGGUGCUGCUCUCCGACUGCCCGCCCGACGCCCUGCGCCGCUUCCUCCGCCUCCUGAAGCUCAAGUUGGCCGCCGGGCCGCGGGGUACGCCGCGCCAGCCCCGCCUGUUGGGUCGCCCGCCGCCGGCCUUCUCCGUUAUCAGCCCGCUGCAGGAGCGCGACCUGCGGCGUGACCCCGUGCGGGACCGCGGCGGCGGGGAGCGUCCGGCGGAGGUGCCCCGUGCAGAGAGGCGGCCCCCUGCCCGGCUGUCAGUGGAGCAGGAGGCGGUGCUGGGCGCUGUGCGCAGCGGGAAGAGUGUCUUCUUCACUGGCUGUGCAGGUGAAAGGCUGUGUUUGGGGACUGGGAAGUCAUUCCUGCUGAAGAAGAUCGUGGGCUCCCUCCCUCCUAACAGCACCUAUGCUACAGCCAGCACUGGAGUGGCAGCUUGCCACAUCGGUGGCACCACACUCCAUGCCUUUGCAGGUAUAGGCUCUGGGAAGGCACCACUGGAGCAGUGCAUCCAGCUGGCGGAGAGACCCGGGGUGCGGCAGCACUGGCUGGCCUGCCAGCGUUUAAUCAUCGAUGAGAUCUCUAUGGUGGAUGGCAAGUUCUUUGACAAGCUGGAGGCAGUGGCAAGGGCAGUGAGAAAACGAGAUGAGCCUUUUGGAGGAAUUCAGCUCAUCAUCUGUGGGGACUUCUUGCAGCUGCCCCCAGUCUGCAAGGCGAAUGAAGAAACCACGUUCUGCUUCCAGGCAAAGAGCUGGAGGAAAUGCAUCCACAUAAACAUGGAGCUGACUGAAGUGCGAAGACAGACAGAUAAGACCUUCAUUUCGCUGCUGAGUGCAGUCCGUUUAGGCAGGUGCACAGAGGAGGUUAUCAGCCUGCUGCUGCAUACAGCUACUAACAGGUCAGAGCACGAUGGGAUCCUGGCUACACGGCUCUGCACCCACAAAGAUGAUGUAGAACUGACUAACGAGAGACGCUUACGACAGCUCUCAGGAGAUCUGCACACUUUUGAGGCUUUGGACAGUGACCCAAUGCUAGUGAAGUUAAUUGAUGAUCAGUGUCCUGUGGGUGGUAGAGUUGAGCUCAAGGUCGGAGCUCAGGUGAUGCUAGCUAAGAAUCUGGACGUGUCUCAAGGGCUGGUGAAUGGAGCACGAGGAGUUGUUGUAGGAUUUGAAACUGAACAGAAGGGGCUGCCCAAGGUAAGGUUUCUCUGUGGAGUCACACAAGUCAUCAAAAUGGAGAGGUGGCUCUUCAAGGGGCCAUCAGGAGUUCAUCUGAGUCGCCAGCAGUUGCCCCUAAAAUUGGCAUGGGCCAUUUCCAUUCACAAGAGCCAGGGCAUGUCUUUAGAUUCUGUGGAAAUCUCCCUGUCUCGUGUCUUUGAAAGUGGGCAGGCUUAUGUAGCCCUUUCCCGAGCCCGUAGCCUUGCAGGUCUCCGUGUUCUGGAUUUUGACCCAAAAGUAGUGAGAGCUGAUCCUACAGUGUUGCAGUUCUACAGACAGCUGAAACGUCACCAACUUCAAACCCAGGAUUCACUGCGCACCCACCCAGACACUGAUGGGAAAGAGAACUGGAAAUGCAGCUGAGAGUGUUCUUCUGGCCUCUGUGAGGCGUCAGCACAGACUGCUGAGUUGCAGCAACCUUGCUGUGAAGUAUAUUUGAUACCAUAAAUGAAGUUGAAGUUUUUUUUUUCCUUAAUUCAACUGACUCUGGAUAUGUAGAAAUCUCCCAGUCCCGUUCCUCUGAAAUUGAGAAGUAUUCUAUAGUCCCUUUCUGUGCCCAUGGUCUUGAGUACUUCUGUGCUGCAAAUGUGACUAGCAAAUGAAAUACUGAACAAGGAUGUGUCAGAGAGACCUUCCUAUGAUUUUUAUCCUGUCUGCCUGGCUACAUUUCAUCCUCCAAAUAUCUUGACUGUGAAACUUGGAUAUUUUUCUUCAAGUAUACUGCAGUUGAGAGAGGGAAGGUGACCAAGGACUUGAGAAGUAAUCUGUAACUGCCUACUUCAGCAAGUGCAGGGAUGAACAGAACAAAUAUACUGUCCUUUUUCUAAAAGCCUUAAUAAAUCAAACUUUGGUUUUUUGUA